AUGCGCCCACUCCAACGAGGCUCAUGCCUACUAUCCUCUCUCCGAACACCAACAUGGUCGACUACAGCGCUUCGUCCUGUCUUCGUACGAUAUAAUUCAUCUUUGUCCUCCGAUCAGUUCGCCCAGCUCGCCAGCCGCGCAUCCUCCCAGCACCAGGUCUAUCAGUCCCUCUCAACGGACCCAUACGUCAACUUAUCAAUCGAACAUUUCCUGCUAGAAAAUGCCCCACCAGACUCGAGCAUCCUCUUCCUUUACGUAAACCAGCCAUGCGUUGUGAUCGGACGAAACCAAAACCCGUGGCAUGAGACCAACCUCCUCGCCCUCCAGAAUGACCGCGAAUCAAACACACAAGGGAAGAAUGACAACAGCGCACUCCUUGUACGCCGAAGAUCAGGCGGAGGCGCCGUCUACCACGAUGAGGGCAACCUGAACUACAGCGUGAUCUCACCCCGGACAACAUUCACCCGAAACAAGCACGCAGAGAUGGUAGUGCGGGCACUGCAUCGCGUCGGAGCUACGAACACAAGUGUGAACGAUCGGCACGACAUCGUCAUGUCGAUCGGGCAGUCACAGCCUCGAAAAAUCUCUGGCUCGGCCUUCAAAUUGACCAGACACCGCGCACUUCACCAUGGAACAUGUCUACUGGACACUCCGAAUAUCCACCGGCUGGGUUCGUUCCUGCGAUCGCCAGCUCGGGACUAUAUCAAAGCCAAGGGUGUGGAGAGUGUUAGGUCUCCCGUGGCGAAUGUCUCGUCUGUCUUUGUGGAUGCUAUGAUGCCUUUCUCUAUCGAACGCGUCAUGGCUAGUAUUAUUGAGGAGUUCGCCCAGAUGUAUCAAGUGGAUGCCGAUGCUGUGCGCCGUGCGCAACGUGCUCAUGUCCUUGAACCGGAGUUGUAUGCGGGCGAUACCUGGGUUGCGGGCGCAGUAGGGGAACCUCAGGGCUACGGAGAGCCUGAGAUUAAAAAGGGUAUUGAGGAAUUGACGUCCUUGGAGUGGAAAUACACCCAAACACCACAGUUCACCUUCUCCACGUACCCUAUUGAAGACGAUCCACGUGAAAGGCCUUCUCUGCCAUCCACGUUGCCCCAUGCGACACGUGUGUUCCUCCGCCUAAAACACGGCGCUAUCAUUGAGAGCCGCAUCUCGACCUCUGGAGAUGCAUCUGUAGCUUUCAAGCAGGCUGCACGCGUGCACGAGGCUUUAAACGGCCGUAAGCUCCACGAGAUUACUCCGGCUCAGUGGCGUGAGAUUUUGCUGGAUCGACUUGGCCCUGAUGUAGAGAACAAGACUUUGCUGGAACUUGCUAAGUUUAUCGGGAAUAAGCUUGGUUGGGACACUAGCUCGUGA